AAGAAGAAGAACAAGAAGAAGAAGGGCUGUUUGCGUUUAGUUGGACUGUGCGUCGAAACGUCGGAACGCUCAGACGGGACUCUCGAAUCGCCUGCUUGGGUGAAAACCGCCUCAUCUCUGCGCCUCUGUGCCGGUGUAUCUCCCCCCCUCGGCGGGUCAAAAACUGGGUUCGGGGAGUGCCGCUCCUCGGAGGCUAAACUUGAUCAAUCUGAGCGCCUGGGUUGACAGAGGAUAGACGCCAUUUAGCUGUCCCUGGUCAAUGUGAUACAAACAACGGAUACCUUCGACUGAAAGCGGAUCAGCAAGAGUCUAGGCGGCGGAGCAAAGCACACCAUUAGCAGAGGAAAAUGAGUGAACUGGAUCAGCUACGCCAGGAGGCUGAGCAACUCAAGAACCAGAUCAGAGAUGCCAGGAAAGCGUGUGCAGAUGCUACCCUGUCUCAGAUCACAGCUAACAUUGACCCCGUUGGACGAAUUCAGAUGCGCACUAGACGAACACUGAGGGGGCAUCUGGCUAAAAUCUAUGCCAUGCACUGGGGAACUGACUCAAGGCUUUUGGUCAGUGCUUCCCAGGAUGGCAAACUCAUUAUUUGGGACAGCUACACCACAAACAAGGUUCAUGCUAUCCCGUUGCGCUCCUCCUGGGUGAUGACGUGCGCCUACGCCCCUUCUGGGAACUAUGUUGCCUGUGGUGGCCUGGACAACAUCUGCUCCAUCUACAACCUGAAGACCCGUGAAGGAAACGUGCGCGUCAGCCGUGAGCUGGCUGGACACACAGGUUACUUGUCCUGCUGUCGUUUUCUGGAUGACAACCAGAUUGUCACUAGCUCUGGAGACACCACCUGUGCUCUGUGGGACAUCGAGACCGGUCAGCAGACAACUACGUUUGCCGGUCACACCGGCGAUGUGAUGAGUCUCUCUCUGGCGCCCGACACCAGGCUGUUUGUGUCUGGAGCCUGCGAUGCCUCGGCCAAGCUCUGGGACAUCAGAGAAGGAAUGUGCCGACAGACCUUCACUGGCCACGAGUCAGACAUCAACGCCAUCUGUUUCUUCCCCAAUGGCAACGCUUUUGCCACGGGCUCAGACGACGCUACCUGCAGGCUGUUCGACCUGCGUGCUGACCAGGAGCUGAUGGUUUACUCACACGACAAUAUCAUCUGCGGCAUCACCUCUGUAGCAUUCUCCAAGAGCGGCCGCCUACUCCUGGCUGGAUACGACGAUUUCAACUGCAACGUCUGGGACACGUUGAAGGGCGACCGCGCAGGUGUCCUGGCCGGUCACGAUAACCGAGUGAGCUGCUUGGGUGUGACCGACGACGGCAUGGCAGUGGCAACAGGGUCCUGGGACAGCUUCCUCAAGAUCUGGAACUAGAAUUUGAAGAUGGCAUCCAGACUCCAAAGUUGAGUGCAAGACCAUUCCAACAUCACAAUGUUCAAUUUUAUUGCAUAUCCAAUCUUUUUGAGAAACACCAUGAUACUGACUCCAAACACACACCCUCUCCAAAACAACAACAACAACAAAAAAAAAACUAUCAAGGGCAAAAAUUCUCUCCUCCUGUCUCUUUCUCAUUUUAAAAGAGCACAACUGUUUGCUACUCAUUCAGCUCAAACAAAAAGGACAAAACCGAGAAAAAAAAGUUUAAGGAAUUUAGUGGUUUCAAAGUGGACCGGAGGGGAAAAAAUGUGCAUUCCUCCUACAGUGGUCUGGGAUUGUAAUUAGUGGAAAAAUAACUAAAAAAAAACCAUGUCCCCACCCUACCACUGCUUCAUUACAAAUGUGUCCUGCGUCCUCAUUAUGCACAGGUCUGAGUGAAGGUUAUUACACGACAGUGAUCUAACUCUUAAUAGCUUUUUGACCAUGUUUAUUUUUGUUUUGUUUUUUUUCUCUGUUUUCAUGAUGAUACUUUGUUGACGAGAGAUAGAUCAGUUAACUGUCAGUUAAUGCUUAUAAUGAGGAUCAAAGCUUUGUUUUGUUUUCUAGUCUUUACACGUUUUAGAGAAUUGUUUUUUGGUAGAAAAAAUAAAUCAAAUCUCCAGAUCGUGACCUUUUUAUUUUUCUUUUUUUUUUUUUUUUUUUUUAAGUCCAGCUUUAUCCCACCAGAGAACAAAGUGAGAGAAUUCAGCUUCAACAGGGAGUCCUCGAGCCACAUCUGGCCCUUCUGUAUAUUUAGCUCCAUGAUACUUUACUGUUUUUCUUUUUUCCAGUGUAGUCCACAAGAUCUUUGUUUGCACAAAAUUAAACUUUGCAUAUAUAGGAUAUUGUCUAAAGAAAAAAAAAGUUAACUAACCAAGCACAUGCUGUUUAUGAAAAUGAAUGCUCGUUUUUAAAACGAAAGAGAAAAAAAACACAUUUUAACCAUUCUUACACCUUUCUGUCUGGUAACAGUGUAGAAUAAUUAAAUGAAGAUUAACCCAUCGGGUCAUAAUCCACCCUGCCCCCCCCUUUUUUAUUAUCGUUUUAUUUUUCCUUUUUUUUUUUUUGUUCCCAGUCUUCUAGUCUUUUUUUAUUUUUUUUCCCUGGUUUCUGUUGCCCGUGGAGCCGGAGAUGUGAUUCGGUUGAGUAGGGACUACUUCCACUUUAGCCUGGUUGCAAUCCGGACGUUUUCUUUUAACAGAGGUGCCCAUUCCGUGCUUGGAAAUGCAGUUACUACUCUGUGAAUGACAUGUUGUAUAAAUCAAUGUUUGAAAAUAAUGAUAUUGAAACUUUUUAAGUUAAAAAUAAUAAAAAAAAAAGAUUUUGGUUGUCUGCCAUGGGUGGGUUAUCUCUUAGAAUCGCAUGCUGUAGAAUUGCUUAAAAGGUGCAUAUGGAACUAAGUCCUUUUGAUGUUUUACUUUAAGAAAAUAACCUGUUGGAUAUAUCAAUACAAUGGUAUUUAUAUUUUUCUUUCUACCUUUUUUUUUUCCUUUUUGAUUUUGGCUACUCUGUGCAUACAGGAUUCAACUGAAAUGUCAAAGCUAUGCACUCGAGAAGCAAAACCCUGCAACAUUAAAGGUUACUCGGUCCACAUUUGGGAGGAAUUCACAAAUUUUAGAAGUAACGUUAAAAUGCUUAAAUUGUACACGCGCGCAUACAUUCAUCCGCCUCAACAUAUAAGCCGUUCAAAUGGAACAAAUAAAUUUUCAUUCCUUCUGUAGCAAACAAAAUUCCAUUUACAGAAACAUUUUAUAACAGGUUUUUCUUUUUUUCUUCUUCUUUACUAGAGAAAGUUUUUAAAAAAUGAAUAAAUCUUGCAGCAUCUGAAUGGCAGAAUUUUUCUGUUGUUCCCUUGUAAACAAAUACGCUCUUUCUUUUUAAGCAGUAGUAACUUUUUUCUUCUUUUUUCCCCCCAUUUUGUUAUUUCUCUGCAACAUUCUGUACAAAGAAAAUGUGCUGUAAUUGUGCGUUAGGCCUGGAGUUGGCAAAAAAAAUAAAAAAUAUUAAAAAUUAAUUAAAUUCCUUUUUUCCUUUUCUCUUUCUCCAUCGAAUAACUGUAGAGCUCUGCAACCCCCCCUCCCCCUCCCCUCACCCCCUGCCUCCACUGUUCCCUUUUCACCUUUUGUAUUUAAUUUUAAAAGUCAGUCAGUGUACAACCGAAAGCUGGAUGCAAGAUAGAAACUAUAUUAAAAUGUACUGUUAUUUAAGAUGUAAUAAAAAGCAGUUUGAGAUGACCUACUGUGUUGAGUGUGAUUCACUUAGAGCGAUUCCCACUGAAGCUAGAAUGUUGCAGACUGUUUGGUUUCCUUGUAAUUAUGUUUAAGUCAAAUAAACAAUUUCUUAUCCACUGUU